AUGCUGACGCUCUGCGCACAGCCCAAGGCCUGCGCUGCUCAAAACUGUUUCGGAGGAAUCGAAACCUUCGAGAAAACGACGGGGUUUGCCUUCAGUUCGAGCGUCAGCGGCCAGACGUUACUUCAGCAACCCGACCAAGCUCUCACGAGAGACUGCAUCAACUUGUGCAAGCAACAGUCUCAGUGUCUCACUUUCUCCCUCAACUAUGUCGGCUAUCGAUGUGCCUCAUUCAACCUCAACUCUGUUGGACGGAGGGAACUUCUUGUCACUUCACCGAGCACGAACUUCUUCGAGAAAAUCUGCUUCAGAGGAGUGCAAAAGACAACAUUUGAUGCACUGUGUGGUGAUCGGCUGUGGGCAUUCGAAAGAGUCAAAGAAGGACAUCUGGAAGGUUUUGUAGACAAAGAAGAGCACAACGUGAAAGACAAGGAAGAGUGCGCUAAAAUGUGUCUCCUGGAAGAAGGCUUCCCAUGCCGAUCUGCCGAUUAUGACGAGAUUACCAAGAUUUGUCGAAUGAGUCGAGAAGACAGGAGGUCUCAGCCUCAGGCCUUCAGGCAGGUCCCAGGAAACAGCAGGGACUACCUAGAAAACCAAUGUGCUGCCACGGCGCCGACAUCUUGCCGGUACGAGACGCGAGUUGGCGUCGGCGUGGUGUCCAUGGACCUGCUACAAUUUGCAACGGCCGUUGACGACUGCCAGACUCAGUGUGACCGAGAAACAACCUUCAACUGUCGUGCCUACUCCUACAUGGAGAAUCGGUGCUACCUCAGCGGCGAUGACACCAUCAGUCUGGGACCAAGCGGCCUUCCAGCCGUAACCAAUGCAGCAUACGGCGAGAAAAAAUGUAUCACAGAGCAAUGCACGCUAGGAGUUUUCACGUACGAGAAGAUGACAGGGUUCGUGAUGCGUUCAGCUGCACGAACCGCCAUUCCGCUCUCUAGUCCCGGAGCCCUGGGGAACACACUGGAAUGUCGCCAGUUCUGCCAAAUGGCUGGCCUAGAUUGUCCGGCCUUCAGCGUCAACUAUCAGAACAUGCGCUGUGACAAACUCGAUCGGAACUCCCAGGGACGAACUCAGGAACUGACACCCAGAGCAGGCGAGAACUACUUCGAAAAGAUAUGUCUCCGAGGAAACUUCGCCACGGCGUGUCAAGGCAAAGCAUGGGCUUACGAGCGAGUACUGGGCAUGGAGCUAGUCCCCACGUUGUACGACAAGUCCUUCGCGCAUGUGCAAAGCAGAAGGGACUGCGAAGAAUUCUGUCUCAACGAACAGAGCUUCAAUUGCCGCUCGGCCGUGUACUUCGACGACACUGCUGAAUGUCGUCUCAGUAGACACGACCGUCGUACCCAGCCUGAUGGGGUCAUCAAGAGCUCUAACCCUCGUAUUAAUUACCUCGAGAACCAGUGCCUUGAAGUGUCGCCAACGUGUCCGUACGAGAAAACCGCGGACGCGUAUCCCGUUUACACGGACGUCGUCCAGAUGACAGGCAUAGUGUCUGAACAGUCCUGCGACUCCUUCUGCACUACAUACCCGAACUUCAACUGCCGUUCCUUCGCUUACUAUCCCAGCAACGGACAGUGCUUCAUCAGUGGGGAGGACCGCAUCAGCGCAGGUCCCGGUAACACAAACUCCCGCCCUGGUAUACUGUUCUACGAGCGCUCCUGCAAAGAUGGCGCCGGAACAACGGACGGUACGACCUCUGGCGGGACCGCAUCGACAGGGCAGACACCUGGUAGCUUGCCGCCGACGUUUCCCACUGCUCAGACGGCCCAGACACCGACCCUGUUCCCGCCAACAGCUCGACAGUGCAGCGCCGGCGACAAGCUGACAUUCGCCCGCGUGUCUGGCUUCGAAUCGCCCACACGACCAGGACCUGUCCUGCUGACAGCCCCAGCGGACGGCAUGACGAAAGAAUGUGUCCUGCGCUGCGAACAACGUGACGACUGCCGUUCAUUCACCAUCGACUAUCGGCGCCACGAAUGCUACAUCGCCGGCUACUAUGGAGGUCCCGUACCUGCUCAUCUGAGGCCCAGCCCUGGAAAGAGUUACUUCGAAGGAAUCUGCGUGCCUGGUAAAUAUGGGUGCGGCGCAUGUCGUAAGCUGUGGACGAUUGAAAGGAUGGUGGACCAGGAGCUACGAGGCGUCAGUCCCCGUGACGUCAGCAGGUUCAUCACGCUGCACGACUGCGAACGGCGCUGCAUCGAAGAACUGCGGUUCCCUUGCGCAGCGGCCAGCUUUGACAUGAACCUGCAAGAGUGCAGACUCUACUCGGAAGACCGUAACUCGAGGUUCGCUCGGCUCAUUUAUGGGCGAGGUGUCUAUUACCUGGAGAACCAAUGCACCGUCAACACCGGCCCGUGCCUCUACGCCCCGAUUCAGCGAGAUGUUUACAUGACACACAUUACACGUGUGGUCCACGGCGUCAGCUCCACGUUCCAGUGCGAGAUGGAAUGCAACCGGGAACCAGACUUCAACUGUCGAUCUUACACGUACAUCGAGCACGGCACACUUGGACCACCUCAAUGCCUCCUGUCCGCGGACAGUCGACAGAGUGUGGCUCCCGUUGUCCUGGAAUUUCGCAGCAGGGCUCUCUAUGGAGAGAAGGACUGCCACUUGGGGGACGACGGAAGGGCUAACGGGAUAUCGGCCACCCGUCCACCACCACCACCGCCACAGUUGCAACCUUUCCCGACGUUCCAGCCGGGUCCAGCACCAGGGCCUGGUCCAUUUCCCCCACCGGUACCCACGGGAGGACCACAACCAGGUCCUCCGGCCCCGCCGCUGCCACCGUACCCGCCGCCGUUUUGCCGCUUCGAUCAGUACACUUAUGAGAAGACACUUGGACAUGACUUGAGAUAUGUGCCUCGAGAGCGGGUUCCAACACGGGCUAACGUCGGCGUUGUUCAAGACGCAUACACGGAGUGCCAACGUCUGGGCGAUCGUUGCAGGGCGUUCACCGUAGAAUAUGGAAACUUCCAGACGGCAUCUUGGCUUUCAACGGCAGCAGAGGACAACAGACAGCUGCUCACCGCCAACCCCGUGACAGCGUACUUCGAAAAGAUCUGCCUUCACGAACGGACAUGUGGCAAGAUGUGGGUCUUCGAGAGAACCCUAAACCACGAGAUGCGAGGAGCUCCAGACCGCGAGAUCCCGGCCACCCGGCGCCGCGGCGAGUGCCAAGACCUGUGUCUUCGAGAGCGAAGCUUCGUCUGCAGGGCGGCUACCUACCAGUCCUCCCGCCACUUAUGUCGCCUGUUUUCGGAAAAUCGUCGGACCAAUCCGGCUGCCUUUGCUCGCACUGCGGAAGAAGUGGACUAUAUGGAGAAUCUGUGCGCCCCUGAAGCCUCGACGUGCCAGUACCGCGAAAGUGGAGACCGUUUUCUUCCCAUCAUCGACCGAUUGAGCCACGCUUUCAACCUGGCUGAGUGUCAACGUCAAUGCGACCUGGAAAGGAGAUUCAGCUGUCGAGCCGUCAAUUUCGAGACAAUCCACAAGGAUUGCGCCCUGAGCAGUGAAGACACUCAAAGCACCCCUCUGGGCACGGCGGCCAUGGUGUUCAGGAGGUUCUCAAUCUACAGCGAGAAAGGAACAUGCGAACAAGUGAGCGUGCAGUGCAACCAGCAAGACAUGCUGCUAUCUAUGAACUUCGACACCCCUUUCCACGGAAGAGUUUACGCUAAGGGAAACCCUGGACAAUGCUACGUCGUCGGAAAUGGACAGAACAACCUGCAGUUCGCUGUCUCUCUGGGCACACGCUGCGGCACGCUACAAGAAGGCGAUGGAAGGUACGCCAACGAGGUUGUAGUGCAGCAACACCCGAUCAUCAUGACAGACACAGACCGAAACAUUCGCGUCGUCUGCUCUUUCGAUGCUGGGGACCGAACAGUCACAUUGGCAUCGACGUUCGCGAGGAAUGGCGCCCACAGCGGCCUCGAUGUCACGACCAGAGGACAGCCAACAAUAACGUCUGUCGUGACCAACACAGCGCCGCCACCUAACGUCGUCAUGCGAAUACUAGAUCCAACUGGUCGUGAUGCACGGAUUGUCGGGUUAGGCGACGAACUCACACUUCGUAUUGAGAUUCAAGAGCCAGGAACCGCAUUCGCCAUCUUUGCAAGAAACCUUUACGCAAGAAGUUCCAACGGAGAAUCAUUGUUCCUAAUCGACAGCAACGGGUGUCCCAUCGACCCCAGCAUCUUCCCGGCACUUAGACCAGAUUUCCGUCAACCUGGCUCACUUUUCGCCAACUUCAAAGCAUUCAGAUUCCCUUCGUCGGGCAUGGUUAACUUCGAGGUGCAAAUCAGGUUCUGCCAGGACCGCUGUGACCCUGCUAGAUGCCCAGCCGGUGGAGAGUCAUUCGGCCGCAAACGCCGACAAAUCUACGAUGACCCAGAGGGCGCCACUUUCGCUCACGGCGCCCAUUUCAACGAAACGCGUUCCCCGUUGCACGUCACUGCCCACAGACCAACCGUCAUCAUCAAGCAGUACCCUCCUCCUCAAGCAGGGGCCACUAACCCGCCUAAGGCACCGACGACAACUUCACGCCCAGCUACAACUGCUUCACGUCCAUCAAGCACCGACUCAACAACAUUACAACUUCGAGACACCACGACCGGACCGGCAACCACGGUGGUCGUGACCGUACAAACUGACGGCUCCGUGACCACUGAACCGGUCGCCGAAGAAGUGAAUUCUACGGAGACUGAAGCAGAGACGUUCAGCAAAGUGACAAUGCCCAAUUCUACAGCUGACGAGCCCGUGACAGCGUUCGCCAGCACAGUCACGAGUACGUCGACAACCGGAGAAGAAAACGUGACGACUGAGACGUCCGCGGACCACGCCGCGACGGAACCGCCUAUACUGUUCAGGAAGCAGGAAAUGUAUUCGCCUGAGGAGAAUAAAAACGACACAUCGGGCGAGAAAGCCAUCAUGCGCCACUCCGACGGUCUUCUGGACGAACAGGCGGCAUCGGGUGUACUCAAGAUGGAAGGAAGUGAACGUCCGCCCAACAAGGGAGGGUCGACGUCACUUCCGCCCGACUUGACUUCAUUACCGUACGGAGGUUACGGGAUGGGUUACGGCCGGCAUUAUCCUCAGCCUCCGGAAGAUCUAGUUCAACCAGAGAAAGACGUGUCAGAAAAUCGGGGAUCCUCACGGAAUGGCCGCAUGUUUGGCCAAAGUGAUCGCAGCCCGUUCGGCGGUUACGGCUCUCCCGGACAUCGGGCUUAUCAGCGAUCGGAUCAACCGCAGAACGAUACGAGCGUGGGGCGGACGGGCUACUACAGGAAUGGAGCACCCGAUACUACGCAAGGCACGACAGCGGCUUAUCGCUCUCGAGACGGUCACAUGUCAGGGUACGGCUCUCCUCCCACGAAGAAACAAACCGCUCCUCAUGGGAACAUUCGACAUCUUCCUCCAGACUACAAGCCAGACCCAAGAAAUACGUACUGGUUCGAUAAGAACAACGACACCGCAGAGAAUCAUCAGAAUAAUGCUAUCUGGCGAAAGAUAUCGACGUCUUCUGGAAGUAACAAGAGCGAUGGCAGAGAAGAUCUAAGAUACCCGCCGCCGUCUCUGCAAGAAAUCGUGGCAACAACGGAGCCGCCUUAUCCAGAAGAGGUACCGCUAUCGUUGGCAAUCGUUGUGGGAGAGGAAAACGGAGCUCGCGUUGAUAACGGAUGGAGGGAUCCUGGAAAUUAUCAUCCACCAAGGAGUCGGAAACGAGAACCUACAGUCCCGCCAAGGGCAGAAGAAGACCUGCCCUGCGAUCCGCAGAACACCAUCAUUAUCACGGCUCUCGUAGUAUCCGCGAUACACGUGGGUCUCAUGCUCGGAGGCUUGUUCUGCUUCCGAUGGCAGAGGCGGUCGCUCAAGAGAAGACAACUGAUCUCGGACUUCCAAUUUGCUCCUGCACCUCACUCCGCGGUCACUGUGGCUCAUCAGCACAGGGCUGCGCAGCCACGGCCAAUGGUCUACGGAAAAGCUGAUAUGUCCUUCCGACAAAUGUACGGCGAGUUCGAGACUCCACCAUAACGCUUCGUGGGGUCCUUAUUUUCAGUUCAACCGUUAUGUCCUGGUAGAAGGAGGUCGCGCCACGUGACCUCCUAAGGGAACAAAUAUGCGCUUAAAGGGGUACUCAAGUGCAAAAUUCUCUCGUCGCGGAAUUGGAAGAUGCUGUUACUUUAACAGCAAUAGAAAAGAAACGGGGUUGAUCCGCUGCGUCAUUCAUGAUUUGUGCGAGAAGGAAAUAGCCAGUUUAUACUUUUCCUAUUGUCGAAUCAUCGCGGGAAGUCGUUUGCGGCGACCAAUGGAAGGUUGCCCCGCAUUGUCGCGCCUCUUGAGAAGGAGAGAAGAGGGAAAGCGUUCCUUUUGUGCUGCUGUCAACGUAAAGGAAUCUUUCAUUCGACGAGGAGAAAUUUUUGCAGUUUAGCGAUUUUCAAGAAUCGUCGUAGUGGUUCGAAACAUCAGCUUUUCUUUUUUAUCUUCUGCUGUAUGGGCCGUUAGAACAGCUGGCUUGAACAUUAUCCGCCAUCUUGUUCCCUGUCUCUGGUUGCAUGUCCCAAUUAUAUCAUUAUCAUCGACUGUGGCGUCUUUCGUUAUCGGAUAUUUAGGUGACCACGGGUGUGUUCCGAAGCUUGGCUCGAUGAGAAGGCAUCUGAUUGGUCUGCCAAGUACAUGUCUCGGGGGCGCGAAAUUGGAACAGACUUGCUGCAGGUUUAGCGCUGCGUUCGCCAUCUGUUAGACAACGCAGGAACUACACCCCGUACUCGAUAGAAAGUUGCAACUGGUCAAUUAGCGCUGAGUCAUCAAUACGUAUGACUAGGAUUCCGCGUUUUCGGCGUUUAUUCCUGCGAUGAUUCGUCGGGCGUUUUUGGGCAUUUGUAUGUUUUUGUCAAAUUCGGAAAUUUUCGGCAUUUUAUAACGGUUGUGCCAAAUAUAGGUGCCGAAUAAUCGGCAGCUAUAAUCACCGGACGGAGUUACACAGGGAGGAGCUUUUUCCCUAAAAACCGCUUGAAGUACAGCUAAAUGGUGAAAUUAUGAAAUGAAACAUUCGCAUAUCAAACCGUCAAUCCCUGCUACAGAAAAUACUUCGAAAUCAGGAUUUUCUUUCACAUAGUAGUCAUCAGGAGCUUUCCUCUUGCGUCCCAUUUCGCAGCCGCUUGAGAGACUGCCUUAGGGUUUCGCGCCAACCAAAUAAAAAGACGACUUCUGCCCUAAGCGUGCAGGGUCAUCGCUACUCCUUGACCAAUGAUAGGUACACGCAUGAUUCAUGGAAGGAGAGCAGCUUACUAGGAAGACGUUGGGGAUGCAAAGAAUUUCCUUUCCUUUGUUGAGGGACUCACGCUGUACUUGAACCCCGUUGACCCACUGACAAGUGUUACAGGGGAUGUUUUUUUCCCGGAAACUAGGGGUUAGCGGCCCCGUGGGGCGGAAGAAAAAACACAAUCGGGUACCGGCAUUUUCGGCAUGUAGCACUAUAUGGAAGAGUAGAAUUCAGAGUUUUUCGGAACAUACCCAACUUCGAAAAAAAAAAAAAUAUUCGUCGGGUAUUUAACGGCAUUUUUCGGCAAAUGCCGGAAACGCGGAACCCUCCGUAGGACCUAUACUUAAACGCCCGGAGACUUGCAGACGUGGAAGUCUCGAUGUCGUCGACAGACGUGACAACCUCCAUGGCUACCGUCAACUAGUCUGCAUGCCUAGCCUGCAUCGGUGCAGACUAUAGACGAGGGGCGUCUUAGUAGCAGUGUAUAGGCGAGAAUCGGAACGAGACCCAAAAUGGCAGCGCUUCCGGUUAAACCGCCAAGAAGAGUCCGAGUGCCAGAACACACCCAACAUGAAUAAUCACUAAACCGAAGUCCCCGCUUUCUCUGAGACGACGACUUUGUAGUGAGGCUUCGUCGUUAGUAAUACGGCUCACCUCAAAAUAUUUAUGCCGUGGUCAUUACCCAUCCCGCCGUUCAUCAACCUCAUGCAUCUUUUGCCCAGUUGGCUGCAGCUUGUACAAUGCAACCAUUCUAUUUUUCAUUCUAAUCUUUGUGCAUGUCACAUUGAUGUGGACGCCACGAGCCGGCAGCAGUGCAAUAUAAAUUUACGUUUAUUUAUUUUUUUCUUGUUUAUCGAAUCUGCAUUCACACUCGGUUUGUGAUGCCUGAUGAAUAUGGAUCGCCCUCUGUUACGUGCAAAUUUUAUUGGCGACCGCAUUUCCAAUUCCUAUUAGUAUUUUUUAUUCAAAAGGUAGGUCGCGACACUGGCACCGAGCCACAGUAAGUUUCCCCGCGUGUCACGCAUAAUGCGAACGGUUCGAUGACACUCUCAAAUCCGAAAUUCCAAUGACCCAACUAUCAUUCCGGUGAUAUUGUUUUCCCUCCUGAUUUGUUGAAAAUGGAAGGCGUGCGCCUUUUUGUGACGUUUAUGGGUCAACUAUCACAAAAAUGUGUACAACCCCUUCUUCACAUCAAGCGUGAUACCAAUAUUACCUUUAGCGUGUUAUAUGGAGAAGUCUUGAAGAGUAUGAAAGCAUGCGACGCUACUUUUUUUUAAAUUUGUGUGUGUAGUUGCAACAUUCUGAUGUGCAACAUUCUGUAUCAUUAAAGUCAUUGUAUGGGUCAUUAAAAUGGCGAUCAGUUAAACUACAGUCAUGUUUCCUUUGGCAACUACAAGCACAGAAGAAAACACGAUGUUAGCUUGUGAGCUUGUCGUCGUCCACAAUCAGCAUGAUGAUCCUGACAUAUUUUUGGUGGUUAUCAAGGGCAUUUCUCCGUAGUUCCUUGUGCUCGCUCAUUUUCGGUCGCACUUCUCUAUUCUUAUGCACGUGCACUGUACAGUUUGUGUAUUUAUAUCCGUUUUCAUCUUAAUAAAGAACCUUCAU